AUGGAUUUCGCCUAUGACCAAAUUCAAGAGGAGUCUUUACCCUCUGACCACUCCAGCCAACAGAACACCACCAACGCCGACGCCCCCAUCACCCUCGAAACCGAACUUCAACAAGCCUUCAAAGCCGUCUCUGCAUCACCCUGGGGAGCCCGUCUGGGCGGCUUCUUCGCAAGCGCAAAAAAGCAAGGAGAGUCGCUAUAUUCCGACGCACAGAAGGAAUAUGCCUCGAGGAGCGAACAAGCCGCAAAAGUAGCUGGAGAGUUGCAAAAGUCGAUUGUGGAGAGUACGAGGAACAUCAGUAUCAAUCAUGAUGCUGCAAAUACUUCAUUCUCAGAUCCGACGUUUGCGUUGCCAGAAAACGUGGAUCAGGGGAAGGGAAAAGAGAAAGAAGUGCAAAGGGAGGAAUCACAACCAGCAGCACGACCAGACUCACUGCCCGCCGACAUCGUCAAAGAAGCAACCUCGCUAGUCUCACUAUUACGUUCCAAAGCCACCGCCGCAACCGCAAACAUAAAUCUGCAAAAGAUCCAAGCAGCAGAGGAUGCAGCAGACGAAGCACUUCUCAAAUUCGGCACAAACAUAAAGUCGUUUUUGAGGGAUGCUGUCACCGUCACUGCACCUUCUACAUCUUCAGAUAGUGCGGAAGUGCUCUUUGAGACUAACGAUGCAGAGGGCAAGAGAGUUAUUCACUCGUCACGCUUUGAUGCGCAGCUGCAUGUUAUCCAUACGUCAGCUCAGAGCUUUACUUCCGAUCCUGAUAGUGCCGAGUAUGCCGAGUUUGCAAAGGAGUUCGAUAUUGCCGCAAAGACGGAUGCUAUUGCUGCAGACUUGGAAAAGUACCCAGAGCUAAGGAGAGCAAUGGAGAAACUCGUGCCCGAGAAGGUCGAGUACGCCACUUUCUGGACGCGAUACUACUUCUUGCGCAAGGUCAUCCAGGAGGAAGAAGUCAGAAGAAGAGAAGUCCUCAAAGGAGCAACACAAACCACAGACGAAGACCUCACUUGGGGCUCCGACGACUCAGACGACGAAGAAGACAAAGCAGCCACACCCACAAAGCAAAAAACUCCUGUUCCUACUCCUGCAACUACCACUACUCCCUCUGCUGCAUCAACACUCAAGCCCGAAGCUGCCACAUCCCAAACCCACGAAGAAGAAACCAAAUCCGUGUCUUCGAGCGACGCAUCCUAUGAUAUGGUUUCAGGAACCACCAGCAGAGCAGCUGGCUCGCCGAAAGAUGAAAAAAGUGAUAAGAUUGCUGCGGCAAAGAUUGAGGAGGAGAGUGAUGAGGAGGAUUGGGAGUAG